AUGGCAAUCAAAUGUAACGGAUGUGAGAAUGAUAUAAUUACACAAGAUUUUAUGAAAUGUUUCAAGUGCAAAAAGUUCUAUGACCUGCCAUGUCUGAAUGUAACCUCGACUGUUUUCGCUAACUUCUCCUCCGAGUAUAAAGAAAAGUGGUUGUGUCCUGGCUGUUCCAGACCUAAAGGUGAUAACAGUUUAACCCCAGUCCGAUCCACAGCCCCGGAAGCAAGUAACAACACCACACAACCGACUAGUAACGUCAACAUGCUCCGCGGUAGUAGGCUAACUGCCAGUAAGUCUGAGAAAGAUAAUGUGGACAUAAAGUCGCUCGCAAAUGAAAUUCGUCUAAUGCGAAAAGAGAUCCAAGAUCUUACUCAAAAACAGAAAACUGAAAUUCCGCUUUUAAGGAAAGAGGUAGCUGAUUUGUCUACUCAGUUAAACGCAGUCUCUACAACAAUUACAGAAAGACUAGGCGAGUUUGCUAAGCGGAUUUCUGAUCAGGAGCGGGAAAUACUUCAUUUGAAAGCCUCCCUGCAGCAAUCUCAAGCAAUAAUAUCUGCUCAAGACCAGUACCUCCUAAAAAAUGAAAUUGAAAUCGCCGGCGUCCCAGAAACCGAAAAUGAGAAUAUUGAGCACAUAGCUAUGGUAAUUUCAAAGAGGAUUGGCGUUGAUUUGAAGAACGAGGACUUAGACGACGUCUUUCGAGCUGGCCCUCGCCGUGUCACAUCUCAAAACCCAGCUCAUCCAGAAAAGUUGCCACGGACUAUAGUGGUCAAGCUGGUUCGCCAGACAAAGCGCCGCGAGCUGAUUAAAGCUGCCAAGUCUCGGCGGAAUUUAACGUCAGAAGGAGUUGUCAAUGCCCCCCCACACAAACUCUUUAUAAACGAGAGGCUUACAAAGGGCAACCGGAUAUUAUUUCGUGAAGCAAGACUACGAGCUCGUCAGAAUGGAUUUAGAUACUGCUGGGUUAAGGACGGAUCAAUCCUCAUUCGAAAGGUCGAUAAGUCGACAGCAAUCACGAUCCGCAAUCUGGAGGACCUGGACAAGUACCUGCCGAUCCCCAAGGCCUUGCAAAGCGAAACUUCUUGA